CAUCUGGAGCGCUCGGUCCGCGUCCAUGACUUUCCCCCCUGCAAACGGACCCCGGUACCGGACUCGUACCGAGCGACGGCCCCAGCGUGCCCGAGGACGAUGGCUCGGUUCUGGAAUAUGCAGAACGCCGUGGUCCUCCUGAGCGUUGCGGCGGUGGUGUCGCUGAGCCAUCUCAACUUCAACGUGUGCAAGUGGUGCGAAGCGUCCAGUCCGGCGUGCCAGGACGACGUCUGCCUCUCCAACUGCUCCUUGUCCUCCUACUGCACCUCCCUGGAGGAGAUCUGCGUCUCCAUAUGGAGAAAGAUGAACGACACAACAACGGUGCACACCAUGUGUCACGACCCCGCGCUACCGCUAGAGGGCGUGGAGGCGGGGCUACUGCGCAAUGUCACCUCCAGAGAGUGUCACAUGGUGCGGCAGCCAGCAGAUGUGGGUGUGGCCAUGGUGUGCGGUUGCCGCGGCGAACAUGAAUGCAACGACAAGCUGAUCUUCACCGACAGUUUCUCUAGGCUGCACAGCAAGGACGUGGCCCCCGUGGUGGCCGUCAGCCUCCUGCCGCCCCUCCUGCUGGCUGCCAUCGCCACGGCCGCCUUCUGUUUCCACCGCACGCGUCGCCGAGGUAAACACGGCCGUCCCGUCGGACUCCGGUGGCCCGCCAAGACCAACGGUGACCGUCCUUGCGGGGGCAGACGGGAGAGUAGCGUUCAAAGUGAGGAGUCGACGGCCAAGGUGGCGUCCCUUCACAGUGGCGCGGGCGGGCCGCUCCCCAUCAAACUGGAGGUGCUGGUGGGCAAAGGACGCUUUGCUGAGGUGUGGAGGGCGCGAUUGCCGCCAAAGGACACGGUUGCAGUUAAAGUGUUUCUCGCCGCGGAAUACGCCUCGUGGAGAAACGAGAGCGCCAUCUUGUCCGACCCCGAGCUGGAACACGACAACGUCGUCGGAUUCCGCGCGGCUGAAGCCCGAGGUCCAGCAGGUCACGCUAUGACCACAUAUUGGCUGGUCUUGACGUAUUACCACCUGGGAAACCUGCAAGACUUCCUCGUGACCAGUGUCCUCAACUGGGAGGAGCUGGUUACCAUGGCAACCAGCCUUGCUCGUGGCUUGGCUCACCUUCACAGUGACACCACACCCACCGGGGUGCCCAAGUUGCCGGUGGCUCAUCGGGACGUGAAGAGUAGCAACAUCAUGCUGAAGAAGAACGGCGAAUGUGUUCUGUGCGAUUUUGGCCUGGCACUCAAACUGGACCUCUCCCUCACGGUAGACGACUACGCCAACAGCGGACAGGUGGGCACGGCCCGCUACAUGGCUCCUGAGGUACUGGAGUCCAGAGUCAACUUGGACGAUGUGGAGGCCUUCAAGCAGAUGGACGUGUACUCCAUGGCCUUGGUCCUGUGGGAAAUGGCCUCCCGCUGCAGCGCCGUCGGAGAGGUGAGAAGCUACGAGCCGGCGUUUGGCUCCAAAGGGUGCGAGCAUCCUUGCGUGGACAGCAUGCGAGAUCUUGUGCUGAGAGACCGACGACGACCCGACAUGCCGACCGCCUGGACGCAGCAUCAGGGAAUGAACGUCUUCUGCUCCACCGUGGGGGAGUGCUGGGAUCACGACCCCGAGGCCCGGCUGACAGCGCCCUGCGUGCUGGAGCGCUUUGCCGCCCUGCAGCAAGACCAAGUGGAGAAAACGGGCACAUCAGAAGGUGAUGACGGUAGAGCAAAGACGCCAGAGGAUGUCGGCCAUGCUGAAAGUGCUGCUCCUCAGGGGCACAACGUGUGAUUGCAUGAAGACUUUUCCAUGUACACUGCUGAUCUUCAAAGUGACCACGUAAGCAGAAGUCGCCAUGUGACGCCGCGACUUCAACGUCAAAGAAGAAUUUUCUGAUCUCAUUUCCUCAGCAAGGCAGCUGACUCAACACAUUCCAAAGUCUUCUUCCUAAAAAAAAAAAGGUCACGUGGACAUGUCUUGAAAACAACAGGACGUGGCUUUCUCAUUGGUCAGUUACCUGUAUGAAGUAUGAAAAGGGGCGGGACUAAUGUUAAACAGUGCUGCUUGCCCUUGUGGCCACAUUUUUGGUGACUAAUUGCACUGAGCAGCCUGGGCAGACAUGUUCACCACUUCCUGUUCUAGGACAACCAAUCAAGUGGCUUUAAGAUGACCAUUCUCUCUGAUGGUAUUUUGUCUUUGCAUGUGAGUCUGCACUAGCCAGAAUACUUGAAUGUCUUGGGACUGUAACCCUACCAACAUAGCCAUAUUGACGAUUGUAACCUUAACUCCAAACCCCUUCAACUAGAGAUGUCCGAUAUUAUCGGCCGAUAAAUGCUUUAAAAUGUAAUAUCGGAAAUUAUUGGUAUCGGUUUCAAAAAGUAAAAUUUAGGACUAAAAUGCCGCUGUACGGAGUGGUACACGGACGUAGGGAGAAGUACAGAGCGCCAAUAAACCUUAAAGGCGCUGCCUUUGCAUGCCGGCCCAAUCACAUAAUAUCUACGACUUUUCACACACACACAAGUGAAUGCAAGCCAUAUUUGGUCAACAGCCAUACAGGUCACACUGAGGGUGGCUGUAUAAACAACUUUAACCCUGUUACAAAUAUGCGCCACACUGUGAACCCACACCAAACAAGAAUGACAAACACAUUUCGGGAGAACAUCCGCACCGUAACACAACAUAAACACAACAGAACAAAUACCCAGAACCCCUUGCAGCACUAACUCUUCCGGGACGCUACAAUAUACACCCCCCGCCACCCCCUACCCUGCCCACCUCAACCUCCUCAUGCUCUCUCAGGGAGAGUAUGUCCCAAAUUCCAAGCUGCUGUUUUGAGGCAUGUUAAAAAAAAAUAAUGCACUUUGUGACUUCAAUAAUAAAUAUGGCAGUGCCAUGUUGGCAUUUUUUUUCCAUAACUUGAGUUGAUUUAUUUUGGAAAACCUUGUUACAUUGUUUAAUGCAUCCAGCGGGGCCGUACUUGCCAACCCUCCCGAAUUUUCCGGGAGACUCCCGAAAUUCAGCGCCUCUCCCGAAAACCUCCCGGGACAAAUAUUCUCCCGAAAAUCUCCCGAUUGAGGACAGCCUGUUUUCGCGUCCGCUUUCCCACGAUAUAAACAGCGUGCCUGUCCAGUCACGUUAUUCCAUACGAGGCGUCCGGCAUACCGCCGAUGAGCACGGUGCAGAUGGAGAAGAUCUUCUCGGCGUCCGUGUUGGCGCACACGUUGCCAAAGCCGACGCUGGUCAGGCUGCUGAGGGUGAAGUAGAGGGCGGCGAUGUACGAGCUGCGCACCGACGGGCCGCCGACCGUGUUGUUGACGUAGGGCAUCUCCAGGCGUUUGCCCAGCUCAUGGAGCCAUCCUCGGGGAAGAGACGGGAGGACAACAGGGUGACAAGAACUAAAUCAUCCAGACUAGAGAUAAAUUGUAUUAUUAUGUUUAUCUUACCUAAAAAUAAAUAUUUAUUAACUAAAAAAAAUAUAUAUAUAUACAUUUUUACUAUAUUUUGCUAAAAACAUCAAAAUUAAUUGUAUUUUUAUUUGUAUUUUUUCUGACUCCUAAUUACAUCCAGCCAUAGAAUUAUACAUUAAAAUAAACAUAUUUGAAAUAAUUAAUUUUAAAUGAUCAUAAUAAUUAAUUUAAAAU